AUGGCUGCCAUUUUAGUAAAGAAGAAGUGGGUUCUCGUGGUGAUAGCAACGAUGAUUUGGCUGUUGAUUCUGGGUCCUUCAAAUGUGGAGUGUGCAUUUGGUAUUGAGAUUAAUCCAUGUACUCUUUCUGAAUGUGUUGCAGCAUGUAAAAAGGCCUUAAAUGAGAAGUACCUCAGUGCAACAUGUGCAGUUGGACCUAAAGGAAAUAUUGUCCAUUGCUGUCUGAUUCAUUCUAGCAAAGUCGCUAUGAACCAGUCUGAGAUCCCACCGAGGCGUGAUCCUUCCAUCUGGAUAUUCCAGAAUCGAAUAUCCUUUGCAAGACGUUUAGUCGAUCAGCUAGAAGAGAUUGUUCCAUUUCUUCGAUCUGAGCAUUUUCUUUUUCCAUAA